AGAAGCUGAGGCACUAAUCCAUUUGGACCAAAAUGUUUCAACCUUUUCAUCUCCUUUUACUUGCUUCAAAAUGGACAAAUCUUGUAAAGGUGUUCUUUCUUGCUGCAAGAAUUGCUUGCUACUAAUGCAUUAUCAUUCCAUAAUGUCACUGCCUUCCAAGAUAAGCUUUGUCCUUCAGUCCGGUCACGUUCCCAUUGUAAGGGAAAAAGAAAAGAGUGAAAGAAGUCUGAGAGGCAUGCUGAGAGCUCUAAGGCACUUAUGAAAUUACUAUAUCAUUAUUUUAAAUAGCAAUGUUUGAUUAUUUGCAAGGUAACACUGAUGGAUUCCCAUAUAAAUAUGCUUUUGCACCAAAAGUUGCAUGCUCGCAUGGCAAUUGUAUGAAUAUGGUAAUAUCCAGACCUGCUGCUAACCGAACAUCAAUGAGGAGGCUAGUUGUGCCAUGAGUGCAGUUACUAAACUCUUUCACAUAACCAAGAUAUUACGGGGCUAUACCUGGCCUUUGAGGGAUGCUCCUCUUUUCAGUCUGAUUUGGCAACCCGGUCUUAUGCACGCUUUGCAGGUUUCAAAAGCCAUAUGAGGCCUAGAUUUUCACUUGGCUUCCAACCACGUAAAGGAGUUUCAUGGCCUGCAAUUUCAAAUAUUGAAAAUGAUGUGUCAAGAAAGGCUAGUGAAGUGCCUGAAAAAUUGAAGGCCACUAAUCAUGGAACCUUAGAUCAUUCAAUGGCUGAGCUUCUUGAAGAUUUCAAUGGAAAAGAGGAAAAGCAGUUAGAGAUUGUUCCUACUGAUUUUGAAGCUCUUGGUCAUGGAUUUAUUGAGCAUUCAAUGGCUGAACUUUUGGAUGGCCUUCAUGAUAAUACCAUUCUGCGAAGAGGAAAAGCAAGAGGAAAAAGGACAAAAGCUGCUCUCAAAAGAAGUAUAUGUUCGCUGGGUGAUAGAACCAUUAAAAGUGAAGACCUCCUUGAGCCCUUCAGUGGUGGAUCAUCAAGCAAUGACGAUGCUGAUUACCAAAAUCUGGUACUUGCUAUUCCUGAGAGGAAGAAGCAAAUUAUUUCGAACAAGUUUCAGGAAGCCUUAGGUGCCACGUCCUUGAGCGAUAAAGGGGCCUUUUAUUGCUGGACCUAAAGCAUUCAGCAUUGGACUAUUUGGAAAGUUACAGCAGGUCAUGCAGCGUGGAAAGGAGACAGAUAACGCAUUUUCUGAAGAAGUUGCAGAAUGGAGCUACCCUUAAAAGUAAAGCCUUGUAAUUGUUUACCUUCCCCUUUAGCACAUUUGGAAGGAAAUUGGCUUGCAAAGGCUGCGUCACAAUAGCAAUUAACCAAAAAGAGGUUUUGUGUGUGUUUUAAGCAUUGCUUAUUGUCCGAUCUUCUUUAUUCUCUUUUUUUCUCAGAUGAACCAAUUUGCAUCACUGUGAAAAAUGCGUCAAGACAUUUGGAUGCAAAGCUGACAGUUUGUUGUUGCUCUUUUGUCAAGACCGUCGAGGUUUGAUCUGACAAGUUUUAAGUUGCCGGACUCCCCACCAUAUCAGAACAAAAAUCAGAAACUGAAGUUCUAUGUCUGUUUAUGCUGGGUUUUGGCAGCCAGAGAGCCCCAAAAUAUUGGAAAAUGAGAGACGAAAAGGAACAGUUAUUUUCAAUCAAAGAAUAUGCAGCAAGAUUGACAUUGAAAUUAGAAAUUUGAUUUGCAUUUACCCCCCAUGAUAUGCAUAUUGAACCUUAAAUCUUAUUGCAAGGUAAAUCCUCAACAUGAAA